AUGUUUCGAGUAAGCAAUUUCGUUGUGGGUCUAGCCAACACGUUGGUGAUGUUAGCGGGCGCAUCGGCCAUAGGUUAUUCGAUUUACAUGUUCGUCCAUCAAGGCGUGACCGAUUGCGAAUCAGCGAUUCGGACACCACUUCUAACGAUCGGAGUCAUCCUCUUCGUGGUGUCUUUGAUCGGAGUGAUAGGUUCUUGUUUUAAAGAAAACUUGGCAAUGGUUAUGUACUUGAUCAUAUUGUUUACGGGGAUUGUUGCGUUGAUUAUUUUCUCGAUGUUUCUAUUCUUCGUGACGAACAAAGGAGCCGGUCGUGUGGUCUCUGGUCGAGGGUAUAGAGAGUACCGGACGGUGGAUUUCUCGACUUGGCUUAAUGGGUUCGUUGGUGGUAAGAGAUGGGUUGGGAUAAGGUCUUGUUUGGCUGAGGCUAGGGUUUGUAAUGAUUUGAGUGAUGGUCGUGUUACUCAGAUCGCUGAUGCCUUUUACCACCAGAACUUGUCUCCAAUCCAGUCGGGUUGUUGUAAGCCACCGUCGGAUUGUAACUUCGUGUUCAGAAACUCGACGUUCUGGAUUCCACCAACGAAAAACGAAACGGCUGUUGCGGUUGAAAACAGCGACUGCGGUGCGUGGAGCAACGUGCAAACGGAGUUAUGUUUUAACUGCAACGCGUGUAAAGCGGGAGUGUUAGUGAACAUAAGAGAGAAGUGGAGAAAUCUUUUGGUUUUCAACGUUUGUCUCAUCAUUCUCCUCAUCACCGUCUAUUCCUGCGGUUGCUGUGCUCGUCGUAACAAUCGUUCUACGAAAAGUGAUUUUGCUUAA